AUGCAGAGGCACAGCCCCGCCGGCGCCCCCGCCCUGCACCUGCUCACGUCCUACUUCAUCGACAGCAUCCUGGGCAGCCGCAGCCCCGCCGCCGGGCCCCACAGCGGGGCCCCCGCGGAGCCCUCCUUCCCAGCGCCGCCGGCUGCCAAGGCGGCGGCGGCGGCUCCCCCGGGCCAGGACAAGGACGGCGGCGGCCAGGCGGGCCGGAGCGGCCCGGGCUGCCCGGGGGGACGGCUCCCCUCCGGGCCGGGCGCAGCGGCCGGGGGCGCCGUCGAGGCUCCGCUGAAGAGGAAGCAGCGCCGCUACCGCACCACCUUCAGCAAUUUCCAGCUGGAGGAGCUGGAGCGUGCCUUCCGCAAGUCCCACUACCCGGACGUCUUCACCAGGGAGGAGCUUGCAAUGCGGCUAGACCUCACAGAAGCUAGAGUUCAGGUCUGGUUCCAAAACCGAAGGGCAAAGUGGAGGAAACGGGAGAAGACGGAGAUCUUGGGUACCCUGCCCAGCCUCUCUUUGGGGCACCCCUUUGGCUUGUACCUGGAUGUCCCACUGACGCAGGCGCCCCUCCUGGACCCUACCUGGCGCUCGGUGCCCAUUUCCACCGUGGCUGCACCUCCGGUGGCACCCGCUUUCAGCCCUGCAAGCUUGGCUCCGUUUGGCUUGAGCAGCAUCACAUGGACGUCCCUUUUCCGGAAUCCGGUCUUAAGCCCUCAGCUUGGCAGGUUCCUCAGUGCUUUAAACCCUCUUGUGACCACUGCCUCCGUCCUCAUGAAAGCUCCCGGGGCCUUGGCCGACCCCGUCGCCACCGCCUUCGCCGACCCCCGGGCAGCUCUGAGGAAAAGCUCCAGCGUCGCAGACCAGAGGCUCAAGGCCACAGAACGUUCCCCGCCAACCCCUCCCUUGUGUCUCGGUCCCGCCGGCUCCAACAAGGAGCGCCUCUGUUAA